AUGACUUCCGAUGACGGCGAUGAGGAGAUUGAAAUCCUUAUCGAAGACCCUGAUUUUGCGUGCCCCAGACGUGUCCCCGAUGACCCUUUGGAGAGCGCCCGCCGUGCCGCCUGCUUCGAGAUGCUGAAGAACGGAACUGGAGAAGGCAGCAGCCUGUCAGACAUGAUGGCCCCCCGUCAGACACCAAAGGAAUGGCUUCAGAGUCUCACCACAGUUGACUUUGCAGACCCUUCUGCUAUCGUCAGCCUUCGCCUGGACUUGGCCACCAAUAACGUCGCACACUUCGAUCUGGUUACCGACGGCGAAGCUAUCUUGACUGUGACACCACUCCCUGGAGCUCUGACUGUGGAUGAUAUACCACCUAAAGAUGAUGAGGCUAUUUUCUCUUCAUAUGUUCCCAGCGAUCAUCCGGGCCUGUUGCGUCUUGAGUAUGCCCGUGAGAAGGAUAUAUUUACUGUUUACGGCCUCCACGAACCUCCCAAACCAUCAGCAGCUGGCCUACCUCUUCCUUCUGUCGUACUGCCGAUCGGACGGUUACGGAACCGAUACAAGGACAAGGCCGGCAUCUACUCAAUCGAUACUGACUACGUCCUCGUCGUCGAUGCCGUUGCGGAUGAGCACCCUCUUUGGCUAAUUUUUGAUCGGAAGAUUAGAAGUUACGAGGAAGGUGGGGCCUACGUCAGACCAGAGACAGUCAAGCUUUUAUUCAGCGGGACAGAGAAGAAUUUUGAUGCAGCCCAGGUGUUGCCAAGCAUCCAAGACUGGAUCAGAUCCUAUGGCAGCCUCGACCUCACGCAACUCCGGGAUUCGUUCCAACGGACCAGAAUGACAGGAGAAAUCAGGGCUAGAAACGUGACUUUCGGGGAUCUUCCUGCGUCUUGGAACAGAGUCACUUCUGGCUAUGAGCACAGAUAG